CCAGUGCAAAUUAGAUAAUCUGUGGAAGAAGACUCAGUGAGGCCUAAAUUUGCCUGUCCCCUAACUGAAACCUGGCUGUCCCUUGGUUGCUAGGCAACCAAGUGGGCAGAGAUUAGCCCUCUAAACUGGCAGCAAUUGGAUAAAAAAAUUAUUGCUCUCCCUCUAAUUAGGACUUUAUUUUUCUUUUCUUUUUGUUGUAUCAACCUUGAGGCGUGGAUGAUGGGUUGUGUUGUCAAAUUUUGAGGUUGGGGGGCCUGUAGUUUUGUUGUUUUGUGAAUUGCCGUGAUGCCAUCACUCUUUUAUAUAUAUAGAUUAUGUCAUACUAUAUUACAAUUUUACAUUAUCGUAUGAUUAUUAAUAUAAUAUUAUUAUUAUUUUAUCACAAUAUAAUGUAUCCUAUCCGAUUUGUCAUCGAUGCACUCGUUUGGGCUUCACGCAAAUCUACCUCUAUACAACCCUGUGCUUUGACCAAAGUCUAAUUGUAAUCAUGAUAUAAUAUUAAAAAUAAUUAUAAUAUUUUAUCAUAUAUUAUUGUAUUCUUUUUAUGAUAUUAUACUAUUAUUUUUAUAAUAAUAUAUUUUUAUAUUUUCCCUCCUCCCUCCCUCCCCCCUCCCUUUGGCACACAGCAAACAGAGGAAUUGAUCAGCAGCUGAACAGACUGGAGAGAGAGAGAGAGAGAGAGAGAGAGAGAGAGAGAGAGAGAGAGAGAGAGAGGGGUCUGGGGAGAACUGACCCUGGUUUAGAGGAGUUGUAGGGACUGGGAUGUAUAGUUCACCUGCCAUCUAAGAACUGCACUCUGAACCCCACCAAUGAUGGACCUGGAACUCACUUGGCACACAGGCCCCACACGGCCAACUUUGCAUACUGAUGGGGUUUGGGGGCGAUUGACCUCGACUUCCAAGAGUUAUAGUUCACCCAUAUUGGAAUGUAUAGUUCACCAACAAUCAAUGAGGACUCUGAACUCCACCAACAAUUGACCUGGAACUAACUUGGCAAACAGAACCCCCAUGACCAGCAAAAAAUACUGGAGGUCUUUGGGGGGAAUUCACCUUGAUUUGGGGGAGUUGUAGUUCACCUGCAUCCAGAGAGGACUGUGAACCCAAACACGGAUGGAUCUUGACCAGACUUGGCACACGGACCUGAUAUGCCGAGAUGUGAUUACUGGAGGGGUUUGGAGGGACUGAUCUUCCUUUCUGGGAGUUGUAGUUCACCCACAACCACGGAAAGUGCGACCUCCACUGAUGAUGGAUCUGGACCACACUUGGCACACGGAACCCCAUGUAACUCAACCUACUGGAGGAGUUGGAGGGGACAGACUCACCAUGGUGGGAGUUGUAGUUCAGCCUACAGCCAGUAAGCACACUGGACCCCACUCGUGAUGCGUCAAGAGCAAACUUACCCAACAUACAAACUUGGAAGUAUUGAUGGAGUUUCUGGGGGUUAACUUGGCAUGAUGGGAGUUGUAGUUCACCCACAAUCUUAUGAGUUUUGGACAAUUAAAACACUGACUUUGUGAUCUUGCUGAAUUCCUACAUUCACUUUGGAUUAUAGAGCAGAACGGAAGAGUCGGAAGAGACUGCAGGAGGCACCCAGUCCAGGCCUCUGCCGUGCAAGGAAAGUGCAAAGGACCCCUGACAGAUGUGCAUCUGGCCUCUGGUUAAAGGAUUCCAGAGGAGCCUCCACUACAUUUUGAGGCAGAGAGUUUCACUGUCGAACAGCUCUUACAGUCAGGAAGUUCUUCUUAAUGUUCAGAUGGAAUCUACUUUCCUGUAAUUUGAACCCACUGCUGUGAGUAAUCAGAAAGGGAAAAACAAGAAUCAAGUGUCAAUAUUGGAAUUAAAUGUACAUAGCACUGCUGACAUGGAGGAGAAAGCAUAUAAAUGUAUCGAAUGUGGAAAGAGCUUUAGUCAGCAUGGAAACCUGAAGAGACAUCAAAGGACUCACAAAGGGGAGAAACCCUAUAACUGCCUGGAGUGUGGACAGAGCUUCACUCAGAAGGGACACUUACAUUCACAUCAAAGGACUCACACUGGGGAGAAACCCUAUAAGUGCUGGGAGUGUGGCCAGAGCUUCAUUCAUAGUUCAAGUCUCCAUGUACAUCAAAGGACUCACACUGGGGAGAAACCCUAUAAAUGCCUGGAGUGUGGACAGAGCUUUACUCAUAGUUCAGUACUACGUAGACAUCAAAGGACUCACACUGGGGAGAAACCCUAUAACUGCCUGGAGUGUGGACAGAGCUUUACUCAUAGAUCAGGCCUACGAUCACAUGAAAGGACUCACACUGGGGAGAAACCCUAUAAAUGCCUGGAGUGUGGACAGAGCUUCACUCAUAGUUCAAGCUUACGUAGACAUCAAAGGACUCACACUGGGGAGAAACCCUAUAACUGCCUGGAGUGUGGACAGAGCUUCACUCAUAGUUCAGGCUUAUGUAGACAUCGAAGGACUCACACUGGGGAGAAACCCUAUAAAUGCCUGGAGUGUGGACAGAGCUUUGCUCAGAGUGGAAAUUUACGUUCACAUCAAAGGACUCACACUGGGGAGAAACCAUAGAAAUGCAUGGAGUGUGGACAGAGCUUUUCACGGAGUGAGUUUAUACAUAAACAUCAUAAAAUUCACCCUGAAGAUAAUGGUGUUAAUUGACCCCAGAGUGUCAUUCUAACAUGUACAAAAGCAACUCUUGCACAUUUUGGAAAUUCAAGCUCAAAGUUGGGACAUUUCAUCACAUGUGGUGUAUUGUAGAAAUAUUGAACUAAAAUAUGUUCCAUUCUGGAAGGAAACAAGGUUACAUGAAACUAGAGUUUUAUAUGCUGAGAAUGUUGGAUGAUCAAUUAGGAUGAAAGCAUGGGUAGUUACUGCGAGAUACUAAAGUGAGAAUUGACAGGGAUGGAAGGAAUGUUUUAUUCCAAAGCAAAAAUAAUGGCUUAUGAAGAUCUGCAAAUUAGGCAAAACGAACAAACUGACAACAAUGUGGGCAAAUGUCAGUUGUAAUAUCUAUUAAUUGGAAGAGUGUUAUCAGAAAUAGAAGUGUGGUUAUAUUAUAUUAUCUAAAGGGAGAAGAAUAAUGAGAGAUAAAAAUUAACAGAUCGAAUGAGGCCUUUAGGCAUGUAUCCCUAUCUGAUUUCUAGUUCAGUUGUGUGUUUAUGUAGGUAAUUGUUUCGAUAGUGUGUUUGUUUCUGAUUUAGUUUUGUAUCUCUUGUAGUUAGUUUCAUGUUCAGUUGAAGCAUUAUAUAUAAUUUCUGCAUUU